GGCCGAUAUAGUGCCUAGCGUCGACAGUCGACGCGUACAGGAAGCGCUAGAACAACGCGACCGCCGCCGCCGACGACGACGACUCAGCUACUCGCCUGGUGAUGGGGGUCGAACUGGCGCAACCGACCGCCGCCGCGGCUGCGGUGACCACCGCUGAGCAGGCUCAGGAUCUCAUCGACGCCGCUAGGUACGACGACUUGGAGGACGUCGUCGCCCUGUUCUCCGCUGGUGUCUCGCUGGACUCCACAGAUUCGCAAGGCCGCACAGCUCUUCACAUGGCUUCUGCCAAUGGUCACCUUGCUGUGGUGGAAUACUUGAUUCAAAAUGGAGCGAAUGUUAAUGCCACCAACAUGGAGAAGAACACACCACUCCACUGGGCAUGCCUUAAUGGACGUAUAGAGGUAAUCAGGGCUUUGAUCUCAGCGGGGGCUAGCGUGAGUGCUCUGAACAGCCACGAGAAAACGCCAAUGGACGAAGCGGUGACCACAGGCAAGAUGGACGUGAUCGACGCGAUCGGUGCGGCAGUAGCUCAAGCCGAGCUCGACGCCGUUACUGUCUCCUAAAAGGACCUGAUGAGUACCUGGAGCUUUGAAUGACUUGCAGCCUUGUUCUUAUCUCCCAGCGGUUCUGUCUGUAUCACUCGCGAACCUGGAUCCCCCGACGGGCCAGUAUCCGGGCAAUAUCUAUACUGACGGCAAUCGCCUGUUAGUGUCAUUGGCACGAGGACCCGACCUGUCGUUGUAAACCAGAUGUGCAGAUGUCAAAGAUCAGGAUUUUCUCCUACAAAUGUUGUAGGGCCGUUGCUUGUUCUCCCAGGCAACCUUCGUUUUCCUUUGGGUUCCCUUGGCUCCAAGUAGCAGCGAAACGGGAUCCGCACCUCCACCCUCUGUGUUUUUUUUUCUUCUCGAAAUUCAGCUUUUGUUGCCUUUAAAAUUGGAAUGCAAUGUCGUGUCCCUGUUUGAGGGUUGUUUUUAUUGAUGAAACGCUGCAAUCAAGGAUUCUCUCCACUUGGUUAGUGCUACUGUAUUGGUCUACUG